CACAAAUUUCCAUUUUCUAAGUCUCCUCCUCCUCCUCCUCCUCCUGCUGCUGCUGCUCCGCGUCGUCGUCGUCCUCUGUUCUCAUCCCCUGCCUGCGCGGCGCGACCAAUAGGCCGACACAUAUUGGGCGCACCGGGAGUGUGGAAGCAGCGGCCGCGGCCAUGGCUGGAGCGGCCGGGAGGGACCCGCUCCUCCGCUCCGAGAUCCACGGCUUCAUCACCUACGCAGACUUGAACUUUGAGAAGCUCAAGGCGGAGGCACCGGCACGCUGGUUCAGGCCGAAUGAGAUCUACGCGGUUCUGGCGAACCACGCGAGGUUCAAGGUCCAUGCACAGCCCAUCGACAUGCCCGUGAGUGGUACUAUUGUUCUAUACGAUCGUAAAGUUGUCAGGAAUUUCCGUAAGGAUGGCCAUAAUUGGAAGAAAAAGAAGGACGGCAAGACUGUCCAAGAAGCCCAUGAAAAAUUAAAGAUUGGUAAUGAAGAGAGGGUUCAUGUCUAUUAUGCUCGAGGUGAGGAUAAUCCAAAUUUCUUUCGAAGAUGCUACUGGCUGCUUGACAAAGAAGCUGAGCGCAUAGUUCUUGUGCAUUAUCGUCAAACAUCUGAGGAAAAUGCCAUAGCACAUCCGAGCACAGAAGAAGCUGCAGAAGUGCCUACAAUGAAUAGAAGUCAAUAUUAUGCCUCUCCUCCGACUUCAGCAGAUUCAGCCUCUGUUCAUACUGAGCUGUCAUUCUCUCCUCCUGUACCCGAGGAAAUUAACUCACAUGGUGGCAGUGCAAUUUCUAAUGGAACUGACGGCUCUACUCUGGAGGAGUUUUGGGUACAUUUAUUGGAGUCAUCUAUGAAAAAUGACACCUCUUCUUCCGGUGGAUCCAUGGCAUUCAGUCAGCAGAUUAAAUAUAGACCGAAGGAUUCUGAAAAUAACAGCAACACUACGAGUAAUGCAGUGUUAGUUUCGCCACCUAAUGUGAUGCCAGAAGCUUACCCUACUAAUCAUGUACCUGCGAAUCAUGUUGGAGCUCUGAAGCAUCAAGGAGACCAGUUGCAAUAUCUUGUAACACUGGAUGUAGAUUCUCAAUCAGAGCGAUUUGUAAAUACUUUGGAGAGAACUCCAGUGGAUAGUAACAUUCCUAGUGAUGUGCCUGCUAGGGAGAACAGUCUUGGACUGUGGAAGUACUUGGAUGAUGACAGUCCUUGUUUAGGGGAUAAUAUAGUGAGCAACGAAAGACUAUUCAACAUCACCGAUUUCUCUCCAGAAUGGGCUUUGUCCACAGAGCAUACCAAGAUUUUGGUGGUUGGAUACUACUAUGAGCAACACAAGCAUCUAGCUGGGUCCAGUAUGUACGGGGUCUUUGGUGACAAUUGUGUUGCAGCAGAUAUGAUUCAAUCUGGUGUUUAUCGUUUCAUGGCUGGACCACAUACACCUGGAAGAGUGGAUUUUUAUUUGACUUUGGAUGGGAAAACACCAAUCUCUGAAGUUUUGAGUUUUGAGUAUCGUAGUAUGCCUGGGGAUUCAUUGAAGAGUGACUUGAAACCGUUGGAGGAUGAGAACAAAAAGUCUAAGCUUCAGAUGCAGAUGAGACUAGCUCGUUUGAUGUUUGCUACAAACAAGAAAAAGAUAGCACCAAAGCUCCUUGUAGAAGGUACCAGAGUUUCCAAUCUCAUCUCAGCGUCACCAGAGAAGGAAUGGGUGGAUCUGUGGAAAAUUGCUAGUGAUUCUGAAGGCACAUGUGUUCCUGCUACCGAGGACUUGCUUGAAUUAGUAUUGCGAAAUAGAUUGCAAGAAUGGCUUCUGGAAAGAGUAAUUGGAGGCCAUAAAUCAACUGGUCGUGAUGAUCUAGGACAAGGACCUAUUCAUCUAUGUUCUUUCCUAGGCUAUACCUGGGCCAUCCGCUUGUUUUCUUCGUCUGGAUUCUCCUUGGAUUUCCGUGAUUCUUCUGGCUGGACAGCUUUACACUGGGCUGCAUACCAUGGGAGGGAAAGAAUGGUUGCUGCACUUCUAUCUGCUGGAGCAAAUCCAAGCUUGGUUACAGAUCCGACUGCCAUGUCCCCUGCUGGAUGCACUCCUGCUGAUCUGGCAGCAAAGCAAGGUUAUGUGGGCUUAGCUGCAUACCUUGCAGAGAAAGGAUUGACUGCACAUUUUGAGUCUAUGUCACUGACCAAGGAUACCAAGCGAUCACCAUCAAGGACAAAACUAACGAAAGUACAGAGUGACAAGUUUGAGAAUCUUACUGAACAAGAACUUUGCUUGAAAGAAUCAUUAGCGGCCUAUCGAAAUGCUGCUGAUGCUGCCAGUAAUAUCCAAGCCGCACUCAGGGAUAGAACUCUUAAGCUCCAAACCAAAGCAAUAUUAGCCAAUCCUGAGUUACAAGCAGCUGAGAUAGUUGCUGCUAUGAGGAUUCAGCAUGCAUUCCGCAACUACAACAGAAAGAAAGUGAUGAGAGCUGCUGCCCAAAUACAAAAUCAUUUCCGCACAUGGAAGGUCAGGAAGAACUUCACGAACAUGCGAAGACAAGCUAUCAGAAUACAAGCUGCAUAUCGAGGUCAUCAAGUGAGACGCCAGUACCGCAAGGUAAUAUGGUCUGUUGGUGUCGUGGAGAAAGCAAUUCUGCGAUGGAGAAAGAAGAGAAAAGGCUUGCGUGGCAUCGGAAAUGGAAUGCCAGUAGAAAUGACUGUGGAUGUAGAACCUGCAAGCACCGCAGAAGAAGACUACUUCCAGGCCAGUCGGCAACAAGCGGAGGACAGGUUUAAUAGAUCAGUGGUGCGUGUUCAAGCUCUGUUUCGUUGUCAUCGGGCACAACAUGAGUACCGGAGGAUGCGAAUUGCUCAUGAGGAAGCCAGGCUGGAGUUCAGUGGAGAGCCGCAGCAGGGACCGGCACGCAGGAGCUGAAGUGGCUUCCAGGGACCUUGAAUUCUUGUGUUGUAAAUUAAAAAGAAUCAGAGCUUGCUGAUGCUGCUGUACAUUUUAGGACCAUCUGAUGCUUCUGGACCAGUCCGGUGUAUGUAAUUUGCUGCUAGCGUGUUACUGUGGUUUGUGAUUUGCCUGGGUUUUAGCUAUGGCAUUAUGCUUGUAGGCGUAUGUAGAUGCAAGUACUAAUCAGGUUGUAAAUGCUAACAAUAAGCACCACAAUGACCAAUAACCUAAUAAGGCUACACCGUUGUGUUUGCCAUCUUCAUCUUCUUUCA